AUGGAUAUUGGAGAAGUGGAAGAUGAAAUCCAGUUUCUGCGAACUAGAGAUGAGCUGGUGUUGAGGUGUUGCUCAUCAGGCCCUCAUCAGAAGAAACUGUGUUUAGCUGCAGAAGCUUUCGGCGACAGGUUAUGUUACCUUGAGUCCACCUCCAACUCAAAGUGUCUGUCUGUCCGAGCACUGCAAGAGAUGCUGGCAAACCACGAAGAUCAGUGUGCAGGGUCGUGUGAGGCAGCUGGGCGUCGUACUCUGCUCUAUGGCCAGGCAGUGUUGUUUCGACAUGCCUUUAGUGACAUGUAUCUCUGCUGUUUGUCCACAUCAGGCCUCUCCUCUGACAAACUGGCUUUUGAUGUUGGUUUGCAGGAGGAAACAAAGGGUGAGGUGUGUUGGUGGACAGUUCAUCCUGCUUCCAAACAGAGGUCAGAGGGUGAGAAAGUCAGAGUGGGUGAUGAUCUCAUCUUAGUUAGUGUUUCCUCUGAAAGAUACCUACAUGUGUCAUGGAUUAACGGUGAAGGUAAUGACAAUGGCAUUGGCCGCGUGGAUGCUUCCUUUCAGCAAACAUUAUGGAGUGUGGCCCCUAUUUCUUCUGGGACUGUGAAGACGCAGGGUCAUGUGAGAGGAGGGGACACUGUGCGUCUGCUACAUGGACACACAGAUGAAUGUUUGACCAUUCCCGCAGCUGAACACAGACGGCAGGAGCGCAGAUCUGUACAUUUCGAGGGAGGCUUGGUAUCUCUUCAGGCUCGAUCUUUAUGGAGGCUCGAAAUGUUACAUGUUGUGUGGAGCGGUAGUCAUAUUCACUGGGGUCAGCCGUUCCGUCUUCGGCAUCUUACCACCGGGUCAUACCUGGGACUGACUCAUGAUCAGGGACUACAGCUCAUGGAAAGAGAAAGAGCCGAUGUUAAAAGUACAGCAUUCUCCUUCCGUGCAUCGAAGGAAGAGAGCCAGGAGAGCUCACAUUUUGUUAUGAGGAGAGAUGGCAUGGGCACACCUGAGAUCAAAUAUGGAGACUCUCUCUGCUUCAUUCAGCACAUUGACACAGGGCUUUGGCUCACAUAUCAGACCACUGACUCCAAGAGACAGAAGGGUGGUUCUCUCUCUCAGGCUGUUUUGCAAGCAGAAGGUCACAUGGAUGAUGGAAUCACCCUCUCUCGCUCUCAAUGGGAGGAAUCACAAGCUGCUUGUAUAAUUCGUAGCUCUGCCCUUCUCUUCUCACAAUUCAUUAGGGGACUAGAUGAUGUCAGUCAGAAGGAAAAUAUUACUGAAUUGUUUCUUCCAAUUGAGAUGGUCCAUCUGACACUGCAGAAUUUGCUUGGUUAUUUUCAAUGUCCUGAAAUGGGGCAAGACCACAAGGUUAGACAGGGAGAUAUUAGAGGACUGAAGAACAGACAAAAUCACUUCCAAGAUGAGGGUAUAAUCACUCUGGUGCUGGACUGCAUUGACCACCUGCAUGUGUACAACAGUGCGACUCAUUUUGCAGAGGCUGCUGGGAAAGAGGCAGGAGAGUCAUGGGAAAAGAUUUUGAAUUCUUUUUAUGAGCUGCUAGCUGCCCUUAUCAGGGGUAAUCGGAAUAACUGUGCCCAGUUUUCUGGAUCCUUGGACUGGCUGGUCAGCAGACUGGAGAGGCUGGAGGCCUCCUCUGGAAUAUUGGAAGUGUUACAUUGUGUUUUAGUAGAAAGUCCUGAAGCUUUGAAUGUUAUUAAGGAAAGCCACAAAUCUAUCAUCUCACUUCUGGACAAACAUGGAAGGAACCAUAAGAUCUUGGAUGUGUUGUGUUCACUCUGUGUAUGUCAUGGCAUGGCCGUCCGCUCUAAUCAGCAUUUGAUUUGUGACACACUGCUGCCAGAAAGAGACCUGCUUCUACAGUCAAGACUGGUUAACCAAGUUUUCAGUGUACGUCCAAACAUCUUCUUGUGUGCAAGAGAUGACUGCGCCCAGUACAGGAAGUGGUAUUAUGAGGUUGUAGUUGAGAAGGUGGAGCCUUUUGUGACAGCGGAGCCUACUCACCUGCGAGUGGGUUGGGCCAGCACUGAAGGGUAUCAUCCCUCCCCCACAGGGGGUCACGGCUGGGGGUCAAACGGUGUUGGAGACGACCUCUGCUCUUAUGGCUUUGAUGGACUCCAGCUCUGGACAGGAGGUGUGGGUCGGAAGGUCACCUCACCCAAUCAGCACUUGCUAAGGGAGGAUGAUGUCAUUAGUUGCUGUCUUGACCUUAGUGCAACCUGCAUCUCCUUUCGGGUCAAUGGACAGCCAGUUCAAGGCAUGCUGGAGAACUUCACUGUGGAUGGGCUGCUGUUCCCAGUGGUCAGCUUCUCAGCUGGAGUGCAGGUGCGUGUGCUGUUUGGAGGUCGACAGGGGGAGUUUAGGUUUCUUCCUCCUGCUGGUUUCUCUCCAUGUGCUGAAGCUCUCCUCCCCAAAACCUGCUGCAAGCUGGAACUGUGUCAGGAACUCACACGGAAUCACACUGGAGGCCAACGUGACCUCUUAGGCCCUGUGGUACCUAUUAGCCCAGUGACCUUUACCCCCAUUCCAGUGGAUUCCAGCCAGGUUGAAUAUCCUCCACAGCUGGAGCAGAUCAGAGAAAGAUUAGCUGAAAAUCUUCAUGAACUCUGGCUUAUUGACAAAAUAGAGCAGGGCUGGAACUAUGGACCUGUUAAAGAUGAGAGCAAAAAAGUACACACAUGUCUAGUUGAGUUUUCCAAACUUCCAGAUCAGGAGCGAAUUCAUAACAUUCAGUCAUCUGAGGACAUCCUCAGGACUCUUCUGGCUUUUGGUGUCCAUAUUGGACUCUCUGAUGAACAUGCCGAGAAGAAUGUGAAAUAUGUUCGCCUUUCAAAUAAGUAUGAGUUAUGGAACGGAUAUAAACCAGCCCCUGUAGAUCAGUCCCGUAUUUUGCUAACAGCUUCUCAGGAAGAGCUGGUAGAAAAACUGGCUGAGAAUGAACACAACAUCUGGGCCAGAGGGCGUAUCAGGCAGGGCUGGAGCUUUGGACCACAGCAGGAUGUAAAAUCUAAGAGAAGUACCCAACUAGUGCCAUUUUCCCUAUUGGAUGAAAAGAACAAACAGGCUGGAAGAGAUGCCAUGAGGGAUGCUCUGGGUACUCUUCUUGGGUUUGGAUACACUGUGGAGCCGCUGGAGCAAGAACAUGCCUCAAGUAGCAAUAUUAAGUCUGUGGCUGCAGAGAGAUUUCGGAUUUUCCGUCUGGAGCAGGCCUUUGCAGUGCAUUAUGGCAAAUGGUACUUUGAGUUUGAGGCCGUAACUGAUGGACAGAUGAGAGUGGGCUGGGCACGACCUGGAUGUAAACCUGACGUGGAUCUUGGGUCAGAUGAUCAGGCCUUCGUGUUUGAUGGUUCUAAGGGGCAGUGGUGGCAUGGUGGGAAAGAGCGAUUGGGUGGCCGCUGGAAGAGGGGGGAUGUAAUUGGCUGUUUGUUGGACCUGACUACAUGCACUAUGAUGGUUACUCUUAAUGGAGAGCUACUGCUAAACAGUCGAGGUUCUGAACUGGCUGUAAAAGACUUUAAUAUAUCUGAUGGUUUCCUGCCUGUUUGUAGUAUAGGGAUAAACCAGGUGGGUCGUCUAAAUUUGGGUCGUAAGGUUGACUCACUGAGAUACUUCGGUGUUUGUGGCCUACAAGAGGGAUACCAGCCCUUUGGUCUGAACAUGAGCAAAGAUCUACCUCUGUGGAUGAGCUGGAGAGAGCCUUUGUUCAUUCCUAUAACUGGUGACCAUCCUAACAUACAGGUGAUUCAUGUUGAUACGGUUGACAACACUCCAUGUCUGAAAGUAACACAGAGGUUUUUUGGGCAGCAGGAAAGAAGCACAAGCUAUGUUGGAUUUUACCGUCUGAGCAUGCCAGUCGAGUGUGCACAGGUUUUCUCUGGCCCCAGCGAGGGCACUGUGCCCCCCAGCAGCGGUGUGGUGUGCCACCUCAAAGAUCCAGAGGAAGGAGAAGCAGAGUCUGACUUUGAGUUACUGAUGAAAGCUCACAGAUAUGCAGGAUCAAGAGAUGAACUCAGUUAUCACAAGGACCACAGUCAGGAGAAGCCAUCCAGACUCAAACAGCGGUUUCUGCUGAAGAAGAAAACAGAGUUAAACACCAGUCACUCAUCAGCUCGUCUCUUGGAGGAUGUGCUGGCCAUUGAGAAAGAUGAAGACAACUGCCUCGUUCACUGCACUACGUAUUAUUACUCUGUGAGAAUCCCCUUCAGUCAGGAGCCCUCUUACGUUUGGGUCGGAUGGGUAACUUCUAAGUUCCACCAUCAUGAUGUGACCUUUGACCUGGACAGCAUUUGCACAGUCACAGUCACUCUUGGGGAUGAAUGGGGCAAAGUACAUGAGAGCGUCAAGCGUAGCAGCUGUUACAUGGUAUGUGCAGCAGAGGGCAGUAGUCUGUCUCACAGUCGCAACAGCAGUAGCCUGGAGAUUGGCUGUCUGGUUGACACAGCAACAGGGCUCCUGACGUUCACCGCUAAUGGCAAGGAGUUUGCGACAUACUACCAGGUGGAACCUGGCACCAAGCUCUUUCCUGCUGUAUUUGCUAAACCCACCAGUCCUGAUGUCUUCCAGUUUGAGCUGGGACGUAUCAAGAAUGUGAUGCCACUAUCAGCGGGAGUUUUUCGGAGUGAAAGAAGAAAUGCAAAACCUCAGUGCCCUCCUAGACUGUGUGUUCAGCAAUUAACGCCUAUCCGGUGGACCCGAGUACCCGACCACGCUCAGCCUGUGGAAGUGACCCGUCUGGAGGAGAGAUAUGGCUGGAGAGCUCGCUGCACUCAGAUCCGACAGAUCAUGACCCUGCAUAUACCUGAGGAGAGCAGGUGUGUGGACAUUCUGGAACUGUCCGAAUUGCGUGAUCUUCUGAAGUUCCAUGACCACACCCUUCGCCUCUACUCAGCCUUUUCUGCUAAUGGAAACACGCAUGUGAGCCAUGCCCUCUGCAGCCAUGUGGACCAAUCACAACUCUUGUUCGCCUUGCAGUGCUCUAGAAUGCCAGGUCACCUGCGGAUAAGUUACUACAACCUUCUCAUCAACACCCACCUCGCUGCCCAUGCCAGUGCCAGGCAGGCAAUGAACCAUGAAUACAUUGUACCCAUAACGGAUGCCACGCAGUCUAUUACGCUUUUCAGAAAAAACAGGAAAGUGCAAAGAUUCCCAGGAAGUGACUUCAGCACUUCCUUGCGGCCAAGAAUGCGCUUCACAUCACCUUGCUUCAUUAGAGCUUAUAAAAUAGACGUGAUGGAUGGAGAUAACAGUAAGGCUUUGUGGAGAAAUUUGCGCCAAGACAGCCCGGAAUUCCCAUUGGAUGUAUUAAAGGAUGUUGUCAUUGCAAUGCUGAAGGAGGCAGUGACAGCAGUUGAUCAGGGUGUGAGGGAUCCUGCAGGGGGCAGCAUAGAGCUCCUGCUGGUUCCUCUGAUCGGUUUACUUCACACACUCCUGAUGAUGGGUGUGUAUCAGGGGACAGAUCUGGAGGCUGUGUUUAGUCUCAUCCUGCCAGUCAGUUACAUGAGAGGAACAUGUAAAACAGAGGAGAUGGAUGAACUUGAAGAGAAUGAUGGAGAAAGAGAGGAAAAGGAGGGUAGAGAUUGGGAGAAUAAUGUCCCUCAGCAAAGUCUUCUUCAGAUGAAGCUUCCAGAAGCUGUCAAAUUACAGGUGUGCCACCUUCUGAAGUACUUGUGUGACUGCCAGGUGCGUCACAGAGUAGAAGCUGUAAUGUCAUUCUCAGGUGAAUUUGUUGGUCGUCUCCAAGACAACCAGCGCUUCCGGUACAAUGAAGUUAUGGAUGCGCUCAACAUGUCUGCUGCCCUCACUGCACGCAAAACUAAAGAGUUCCGUUCCCCCCCCAGGAACAGGUCAGAGAUAAAUAUGAUGCUGAGCUUCCGGGAGGAAUGUCAGCAUUGUCCGUGCCCAGAGGACAUCCAAGAUUUGAUGUGGGAAUUCCAUCAGGAUCUAAUGACCCACUGUGGAAUUAAGAUAGACAGUGAUUCGGGUAAUGAGAAUGAGGAUGACCUUUCAAUCAGGAAUCACCUCCAAGGCCUAGUGGAUAAAAUAAUUCAUUUAAAGAGGAGAAUGUCUGGCCUGCCUGAGGAGAUUGUGAACAAACCUGUCUCUCUGCAGCAGCUGAUAUCAGAAACCAUGCUCCUUUGGGCCCAGGAGGGGACGAUUGAAAACCCUGAUCUGGUGCGUGCUGUUUUCAGCCUGCUGCUACAACAGUAUGCUGGGCUGGAUGGCCAGAUGUCUGCUCCGCUACAGAAGGCUUACUGUAUCAGCCAGGCAUCUGUGGAAGACACUCUUAACCUACAGUGGGCUCUAGCAUGCAUUCGUUCAUUGCUCAAGGCCAGGAUGGGCAAAGAAGAAGAGGAACUUAUGAUUAGAGGACUGGGUGACAUCAUGAACAAUAAAGUUUUCUAUCAGCAUCCUAAUCUGAUGAGAGCUCUGGGGAUGCAUGAGACCGUCAUGGAAGUUAUGGUGAAUGUCCUUGGUGCUAGAGAAUCCAAGGAAAUCAUGUUCCCUAAGAUGGUUGCGCACUGCUGUCGUUUCCUGUGUUAUUUCUGUCGAAUCAGUCGCCAUAACCAGAAGGCCAUGUUUGAUCAUCUCAGCUACCUGCUUGACAACAGCAAUGUUGGACUUGCGUCUCCUUCAAUGAGAGGAUCAACUCCUCUGGAUGUGGCUGCCGCUUCUGUCAUGGACAACAACGAGCUGGCACUUGCUCUUACUGAGGCGGAUCUUGAGAAAGUUGUGCAGUAUUUGGCAGGCUGUGGUUUGUGUAGUUGUGCUCUGCUGGUCUCCAAAGGAUACCCAGAUAUUGGAUGGAAUCCUGUAGAGGGAGAACGUUAUCUAGACUUCCUGCGCUUUGCAGUAUUUUGCAAUGGUGAGAGUGUUGAGGAGAACGCCUAUGUGGUGGUGAGGCUUCUGAUUCGUCGACCUGAGUGCUUUGGCCCUGCUCUUCGAGGGGAGGGGGGAAAUGGUCUUCUCGCAACCAUGGAGGAAGCGAUCAGAAUUUCCCACCAGCAGGAUGAAACCGGUGCAGCCAGUGCACACAGUUCCAACCAGACACUUGACAUGCUUGAUGAUGAAGAUGAUGAUGUCAUCCACAUGGGAUAUGCCAUAAUGACUUUCUACUCUGCUCUGAUCGAUCUGUUAGGUCGCUGCGCCCCUGAGAUGCAUCUCAUAGAAGUGGGGAAAGGUGAGGCCAUCCGAUUCAGGGCAAUCUUGAGGUCUCUCGUUCCCAGAGAGGAUCUGGAGGGCAUCAUAAAUAUUCCUUUUACUUUACCAAUUGUAAACACAGAUGAUGUAGUGGUCGAGCCAGACAUGUCUCGGAUAUUUUGUCCGGAUCACAAAGCAGCCAUGGUACUGUUUUUGGAUCGAGUUUACGGAGUUCAGGACCAGCAGUUCUUGCUACGUUUACUGGAGUAUGGUUUCCUGCCAGACCUGCAAGCAGCUGUUAACAUGGAUGCUAUGGGGUUAGGUGGAACAGACAUGGCACUGGCCCUCAAUCGUUACAUAUGUGUGGCCAUGCUUCCACUGCUGAGUAAGUAUUCCUCUCUGCUGUGUGACUCCUCAUCUCAUUGGACCAGGCUGGUGGACAGGCUCCUGGAGGGUGUCUACAGCCUCUCUAAAGCCAGCGGACUGACUAAGGCCCAGAGAGAUGCCAUACAGGACUGUCUGCUGGCAGUGUGCAAAAAACUGAAUCCCUCCAUGCUGCAAUUUCUGCUGCGUAAUCUUGUGUUUGAUGUCCCUCAACUGUUGGAAAACUCAAAGAUGCCACUUAAGCUGUUGACCAAUCAUUAUGAGCAGAGCAGGAAGUACUACUGUCUGCAUGAUGGAUGGGGUGGCUUUGGCUCCGCCUCAGAGGAAGAACUUCGUCUAACCAGGAGACUGUUUUGGGGGAUAUUCAGUGCUCUUGCCAAAAAAUCUUAUGAUGCAGAGCUAUUCAAACUGGCCCUCGGUUGUCUCAGUGCAGUUGCAGGGGCGAUUCCCCCUGACCACCUUGAUCUGAGCUGCACCGGCGGACGAGAGAGACACUUAGUGAUGGAUUCAGAGAGACGGUUUUGUCCUCAACCCCUGGACACCUCAAAUGUGACAAUCCCAGAGACGCUUGAGUUUGUGGUAAACAAAUAUGCAGAACAUACACAUGAGAAAUGGUCACUGGACAAGUUUGGUAACGGUUGGGUUCAUGGAGAACAGCUUUCUGAGAGUGCUAAAGUUCAUCCACUCCUAAAACCUUACAGAGCUCUAUCUGAGAAGGAUAAAGAAGGUUAUCGAGGGGUCAUUAAAGAGACGGUGAAAUGCAUGCUGUUCUUGGGCUGGACCAUUGAGAGGACCAAUGAGGGGGAGUCACAAAGCUUUCACAACCCAGCUAGGAGGAUCUCACAAUCUGGCAAGCUGUCUUUUGAGGGAGCCUCCACGUUCAGUCCAAAGCCUGUGGACACCAGCAGUGUCAGUCUGACCUGGGAUCAGUAUGCCAUGGCAGAGCGUUUGGCUGAGAAUUAUCAUCACAUCUGGGCAGCCAGGAAACUGCAGGAACUGGAGAGUAAAGGAGGGGGCAGUCACCCUCUGCUUGUACCUUAUGAUGCUCUGAGUGUUAAAGACAAGAGUCGAGUCAGAGACAAAGCUCAAGAUGUUCUCAAGUUCUUCCAAAUCAAUGGGUACUCAGUGAAGAGGAACAAAAAGGUGGCAGAUGCUGAUUCCCCAGCGAUUGCGAGCCGCUUCGCUUACGGCUUGCUCCAGCAAGCCCUCUGUCUUACUGAGCAAGCCCAGGAGCAGCUACUAGAGCUGGAGGUUGCUCAAGCUCGAGGGCAGAUUGACAGGACCGAGAGAGUUCCCCAUGAACAACAAAUUAAUUUCUUCAUUAAGGUUGUAUUGCCACUGUUAGAUCAAUACUUCAAAAAUCACUAUCUCUACUUCCUGUCCACUACAAUGUCUUCCCUUAGAGAUAGCUGCCAGUCUACAAAUAAAGAAAAAGAGAUGGCCACCAGUUUAUUCUGUAAACUCGGAGCUCUAGCCAGACGCAGAAUCUCUCUGUUUGGAAAUGAUGCCCUUGCUUUGGUAAGCUGCCUACAAAUCCUGGCACAGUCCCUGGAUGGAAGGACGGUAAUGAAAACCACUAGUGAAUCUGUCAGGGUGUCGUUGUGGUCAUUUUUUGAAGCUGCGGCAGAGGAUCUUGAGCUAACGGUGGAAACUGUGACCUGGGAUGAGUAUGGACUGAACCGAGCCCAGAGCAGGGGAGACAGCGAGGUCAUAACGCACACUACCACCGCCCUGAUCCCAGUGCUCACCGCUCUAUUUCAGCAUGACUCACAGAGGCAGCACGGAGGGGGAUUGAUCGUGGAUGAAGUGCACUCCUGUUGUUACAGGAUCCUCAGCAGUCUCUACAUUCUUGGCACCUGCAGUGGUACCUUUAUUGAGAGGCAGAGGUCAGUCUUUGGGGAGUGUCUGGCUGCAUUAUCUGCAGCUUUUCCUGUGUGUUUCUUGGAGCUAAGUGACCUUCAUUCCCUCUCCGACACGAUGAGUAAUGAAGAGAGUGAAGGUAAAGGCAAGAAAAAUUCAAUAGAACACAAGUAUGUGCACAUUCUCACACUGCCGCAUUCAGUUUUUCUCAUGGAUGUUGGUGUGGUCUUUCUAGCCGAGAGAGCCUGUAGGCUCCUCCCCACUUUGCAGGAGGCUUUCUCAGAGGUCGAAGAGCUCGCAGGAGCGGGGUCUGCAGCCCGCCAUGCCCUUUUAACAAGGGUUACUGAGGUGACUCUUCCUCUGCUGUGUAGCUAUGUCUCUAGAUGGGGGGAGGCUGGUAACCAGGCAUCCCAGGAGGGCCACUGUUCCUCUGUCACACCUCAGCACGCCAAUGCCUUGCUGGGUCACAUCCUCUCCAUCAUCCACGCCCACCUGGGGACUGCAGACAGUUCUUGGAUGAAACGCCUUGCAGUAUUUAGCCAGCCUAUCAUCAGCAAGGCAGAACCACAUCUCUUGAAGAGCCACUUUCUGCCUCUGAUGGAAAAGUUAAGGAAGAGGGCGGAGUCAGUGCUGCUGGAGGAGGAGCACUUGAAGGCAGAGGGGCGUGGCGAUGUCUUAGAGCAGGAGUUAGACAUCCAGGAAAGGUUUACCGUGUUGGUCCAAGAUAUCUAUGCUUUUUACCCUUUACUCAUUCCAUUUAUAGACCUUCACAGAAUGAGCUGGCUGAGAGAGGUGGACGCAGAUGCUGAGAAACUUUUCUCCCUCGUAGCUGAAGUCUUCAUUUUUUGGGCUAAAUCUCAUAAUUUCAAAUGGGAAGAACAGAAUUUUGUUGUUCAAAAUGAAAUCAACAACAUGACAUUCCUGGUGAACAGCAGCAAAAGCAGGAUGGAUAAGGGAGGGGUGUGCAACCAGGAGAGAAGAAAGGUGAAGAGGAAGGGUGAUCAUUACUCCACACACACCUCUCUCAUUGUGGCCGCCCCAAAAAAACUCCUCUCAGUCGCCAUGAAUGGAUGUUGCCAUGGCGAUCAGGGCCUGAUCACCCAUGCCAAAAACCGUUUCUCUCAGAGGGACACAGAGGAUGAGGUCCGAGCAUUCAUUCGAAGCAACCUGCAACAGGAUCUGUGUGAAAACUUAGUAGAUCCCCUUAGUAUUGAGAGGAUCUUAGGCAUCGCUUGUGUUCUUUUCCACCUGGAUCAGGUGGAGCGCCCUCAGAAGAAGAAGAGGGCAGUGUGGCAUAAGAUGUUGUCUAAGCAGAGGAAACGAGCUGUAGUUGCUUGUUUGAGAAUGGCUCCUUUGUACAAUCUUCCCAGGCACAGAGCAGUGAAUCUUUUCCUUCGGGGUUAUGAGAGAGUCUGGCUGAAGGCAGAGCUUGACUCACCUGAGGACAGACUAAUUGAGGAUUUGGCUAAAGCAGCUUAUGUAGAGAUACUAAAGGAGGGAGCAGAGCAGAGAAACAACAUGGAUCCACUCCAUCAGCUUAUCAAUCUCUUCAGUCAAAGUGCCUUGACUGAGAGGAGUAAACUUGAGGAGGAUGACCUGUACAUGUGCUAUGCUGACAUCAUGGCCAAGAGUUGCCAAAUAGAGGAAGACCAGGAUGAAGAUGGCCUUAAAUCAUUUGAGGAAAAAGAGAUGGAAAAGCAGAGGCUGCUGUAUCAGCAGGCCCGACUUCAUGAACGUGGAGCUGCUGUGAUGGUCUUACAGAACCUCAGCGACAGCAGAGGUGAUAUGGGGCCUAUGGUAGCAGCCACAUUAAAGCUGGGCAUUGCAAUCCUGAAUGGAGGAAACACGUCUGUCCAGCAGAAAAUGCUGGAUUACUUGCGACAAAAGAGAGACGUGGGCUUCUUUCAUAGUCUGGCCGGCCUAAUGCAGUCUUGCAGCGUGCUGGAUUUGAACGCAUUUGAGAGGCAGAUCAAAGCAGAGAGUUUAGGAGUGGGUGCUGAGGACAAUUCAGGUGAUAGAGUGAUGGCAGAUGGACAGCUAACCUGUGAUCUUUUCAGAUUCCUCCAGCUUCUUUGUGAAGGCCAUAAUACUGAUUUCCAGAAUUACCUGAGGACUCAAACUGGAAACAACACAACGGUCAACAUCAUCAUCUCCACUGUGGAUUAUCUGCUUAGGGUCCAGGAGUCCAUCAGCGAUUUCUACUGGUAUUAUUCAGGGAAGGAUGUGAUUGAUGAACGUGGUCAGCACAACUUCUCCAAAGCCAUCAAUGUGGCCAAGCAGGUGUUCAACACGCUCACUGAAUACAUUCAGGGUCCCUGUACAGGUAAUCAGCAGAGUUUGGCCCACAGUCGUCUGUGGGACGCUGUUGUUGGCUUCCUCCAUGUGUUCGCCCAUAUGCAGAUGAAGCUUUCUCAGGAUUCCAGCCAAUUAGAGCUGCUGAAGGCUUUGAUGGACUUACAAAAAGACAUGGUGGUAAUGCUGCUGUCCAUGCUUGAAGGAAAUGUGGUGAAUGGGACCAUUGGCAAACAGAUGGUAGACAUGUUGGUAGAAUCGUCCAGCAAUGUGGAGAUGAUCCUCAAAUUCUUUGAUAUGUUCCUCAAACUCAAAGACCUCACAUCAUCUGAAGCCUUUCGCGAAUAUGACCCAGAGGGCAGAGGACUCAUUUCCAAGAAGGACUUCCACAGAGCCAUGGAAGGGUUCAAGCACUACUCUAAUUCUGAGACAGAAUUUCUGUUAUCUUGCGCAGAAAUGUCGAAAAGCGAUUUGCUGGAUUACCCUGACUUUGUGAUGCGUUUUCAUGAACCGGCCAAAGAGAUAGGCUUCAACAUGGCAGUUCUUCUGACCAAUCUGUCCGAGCACAUGCCCAGUGAUGCCCGAUUGCAGAAUUUCCUGGAGUUGGCGGACAGCGUUCUUAAGUAUUUCCAUCCUCACCUGGGAAGGAUCGAAAUCCUGGGCAGUGGGAAACGGAUAGAAAGAGUCUACUUUGAGAUCAGUGAAUCCACCCGCACUCAGUGGGAGAAACCACAGGUUAAGGAGAGCAAACGACAGUUCAUUUUCGAUGUCGUGAAUAAAGGAGGAGAGAAGGAAAAGAUGGAGCUAUUUGUCAACUUCUGUGAAGACACCAUCUUUGAAAUGCAGCUUGCUGCACAAAUAUCUGGUUCAGAGAGUGGAGAGGAACUGAAAGCGAAGGAUGACAAUGAGGAAAAAAACAAAUUAGAGAUGAAUGAAAACCUUGCAGAAGACAACAGGAUGACCAAAGACUCAAGAUGUUUCUCCAUAAGGAACAUCAGAAAACACUUAAAGAGUAUAACCAUUAGGAGUAUUAUCUCAGCGAUCUUCUCUUUCUUCCACAACGUUGUGCUGUUUAUCACUCGUGCCUUUUUAGGCCUGGUUUGGUUCUGCCUUUAUCUGCUCUACCACAUCUUCUUAAGCGGAUGGAUUAUUGAUGUGGCUAAAGAGAUGAAGCUUGUCGACCUUUUAGGUGACCUUCAGGAUCCUACUAUGGUUGAGACAAUAGGGCUCAGAGAAGGAGUGGUCAUAGAGAAUAACGCGUGCCAUACACGUGCACUUUCGUCUCGCGGUAAUCUUCGAGGAAUGAGUCUAGAUCUGUCUGCAGUGUCCAGGGACCCCCAGCUCCUCACAGAUAUUUUCGGCUUGUGUCUGAAGAAGGAGGGAGGAAAGUACACAUUGUCGAGUGGAGACCAGCGUUCCAGUCUGGAUGAAUUUCUAAACACCUCCAAAUAUCAGGUUGAAAUCUGUGAGGAUUUUCAAGAGGUGCAAGAGGAGGAGGACUCAGAGACUGAGAAAGCUUUGGAUGAGGAUAAAAAUAAAGGUGAAAAGAAGUCUAAACGGAGAGCUAAAAAGCUUAGCUCUUCAAAACCAGAUGAAACUGAAAUCGAGGAAUCAGCUGUUUGGAAUAUUAUCUGCUCUCAGAAGACCAAACUGCUGAACUGUUUUGCAAGAAAUUUCUACAACAUGAGAUUGCUGGCUCUGUUCCUUACCUUUGCCAUCAAUUUUAUUCUUCUGUUCUACAAGGCUUCAUCAACCAUUGGUGAUGGUGAAAAUGUGGAGAUUGCUCUUUGUGACGACAGAACCAAGAGUGCACAGGAAGUUCAUUUUGAACUAGAAGAGAAUAGUGGCUACAUGAAAAUGAUUCUUCGUAUCCUGGCUGUCUUGCACACACUUAUCUCACUCUGCUGUAUCAUCGGCUACUACUGUCUGAAGGUUCCUUUAGUAAUUUUUAAGCGUGAGAAGGAGCUGGCUCGUAAACUGGAGUUUGACGGACUCUACAUUACAGAACAACCUUCUGAAGAUGACAUUAAAGGCCAGUGGGACAGAAUGGUCAUCAAUACACCAUCAUACCCAAGUAAUUAUUGGGAUAAAUUUGUGAAAAGGAAGGUGAUGGCAAAAUAUGGAGAGCUGUAUGGAUCGGCACGUGUCAGUGAGCUUCUAGGUUUAGAUAAAGCUGCUCUGGACUUCAGCUCAGAGGCUCAUGAGAGGAAGAGACCUGCACAAAAGGGUGCCAUCACUGCCCUCUUCAAAUUAAACACCAUUGAUGUGAAGUACCAGAUAUGGAAGCUGGGAGUGGUUUUCACUGACAAUUCCUUCCUUUACCUGGCCUGGUAUAUGUUUGUGUCAGUUCUGGGUCAUUAUAACAAUUUUUUCUUCGCUGCGCACCUGCUAGACAUCGCCAUGGGCUUCAAAACACUGCGCACCAUACUGUCAUCUGUUACACAUAAUGGCAAACAGCUGGUUUUGACAGUAGGACUGUUGGCUGUGGUCGUGUAUCUGUACACUGUGGUUGCCUUUAACUUCUUCCGCAAGUUUUACAACAAGAGUGAGGACGGUGAGCCAGUGGACAUGAAAUGUGAUGAUAUGCUCACAUGUUACAUGUUCCACAUGUACGUUGGUGUGCGAGCCGGAGGAGGGAUUGGAGAUGAAAUCGAAGACCCAGCUGGUGAUGAGUUUGAGUUCUAUCGUAUCAUCUUCGACAUCACCUUCUUCUUCUUCGUCAUCGUCAUCCUCCUAGCCAUCAUUCAGGGUCUGAUAAUUGAUGCAUUUGGUGAGUUGAGAGACCAGCAGGAGCAGGUUAAAGAGGACAUGGAGACUAAGUGUUUUAUCUGUGGCAUUGGGAGCGAGUACUUUGACACGGUGCCCCAUGGCUUCGAGUCACAUACACUGCAAGAACACAACCUGGCCAACUAUCUGUUCUUUCUGAUGUACCUCAUCAAUAAGGAUGUUACAGAACAUACUGGACAGGAAUCAUACGUGUGGAAGAUGUUCCAGGAACGCUGCUGGGAGUUCUUUCCUGUUGGAGACUGUUUCCGGAAACAGUAUGAGGUUCAACUCAGCUGAAGAAUUCCAGUUCACUUUCUAUAGUUCAGUUGGUAAAUACUUAUGAAGUAUGUCUGGGAUGUUCUUCUGAUAAUAAGAAGCUGGUGUAUAACUCAGUACAGUUUUGCAUGCUUGUUUGGUUCUUAAUAUUUUUUCUUCACUACAUAUUUAUUUUUUCAGUUCAAUUCACAUUUAUUUGUAUAGCACUUAUCACAAUACAUAUAGUUUAAAGCAGCUUCACAGAAAAUGCAUGUCUGUUAUCAGGUGACGGUGUCAAAGUAAUGUCCAUAUGGCAGAAAUGUACGGUUCUAAGAUAAUACAAAUCGUGCAGUUAGCUAACAUCAUGUAUUCACUUAAGUAGAAAAAAUGAGCACGUUACUGUUUUUUUUUUAUUCGCUUUGGUACUAUUUUCACACGUAAGGUGUACAUUUUCAAAACUCAUAGUUUAAAAAUCCAAACUGAUCACAUUUGUAACACAGCUAGUUGUUCUUUUAAAGCCUGAUCCCAUGCUUUCAUUUUAGUUGUACAUAUUUUCAUUCUUCAUAAUC